AUGACCUCGCUAGAAACUGCUUUAGAAUCAUUGAAGAUUGAAGAUAUUCCAGUCGAUGAUAUCGACUUUUCUGAUUUAGAAAAGGAAUACCAAGUCAGCGAUGAUGGAGUGAACUUUGAUAACUUUUUGGUUGUUGAUGGUGCCCCAGUAGCACCGGAAUCUAAGGUUCCUGUUUUACAAAAGGUUUUGACCAAGUUGUUUAGCCAAGCUGGUAAGGUUUUGGAUAUGCAAAUUCCAGUUGAAAAUGGUAAGACCAAAGGUCACUUGUUUAUCGAGAUGGACUCUAUCAAUGCUGCUAGAGAAGCUAUCAAGCAAUUCAACGGUAAGAAGUUGGAUGCCAAACAUCGUUUGCUUGUUAACAGUAUGAAUGACAUGGAGAAGUACGGUUCCGAUGACUUCAGCACUGAAUUUGAAGAACCAACCGUUCCAGACUUUGCUCCAACCGACUUCUUAAGAUCUUGGUUGCAAAACAAGGAUGGUAGAGACCAAUUCGUGCUACAAAAGGGUGAUAUGACACGUGUGUUCUGGAACAGAUUGGCUCAUCAGCCAGAUCCAGUUUGCGAAGCCAGAAAGAACUGGUCCAACCACAUCGUCAAGUUCUCUCCAAAGGGUACAUAUCUAUUGUCUUUCCACGACCAAGGUGUUACCUCUUGGGGUGGUCCAAACUUUGAAAGAUUGAAGAGAUUCUACCAUCCGGGUGUUUCUCGUCUAGAUGUUUCCCCAACUGAAAAGUACUUGGUCACAUUUUCUAUGACUCCACUACAACCUGAUGAAAACACCCCAUUCGGUCCAGAGUCCCAAGGUCAUCAAAUCUGUGUUUGGGAUCUUGCAACUGGUUACCUACUGAAGACUUUCGGUAUUCCACCAAAUGCCAAGCUAGAAUGGCCUCUAAUUAGAUUUUCAUAUGAUGACAAGUACUGUGGUCGUCUUGGUCCAAACGCCUUGGCCCUUUACGAAAUUGAAAACAACUUCCAAUUGUUGGAUGGUAAGAUUCACAAGGUUGAAGGUAUCCAAGAUUUCUCCUUUGCUCCAAAGGGUGUUCAACUAGUCUACAAUAAGAGAAAGAGCGAUCCAACCACUCUAUUAGCAUACUGGACCCCAGAAACGAAUAAUCAAUCGUGUAAAGCUUUCUUAAUGACAUUACCAAACAAGAGAAUCGUGAAGACUGUCAACUUGGUUCAAGUCUCGAACGUUUCCAUUCACUGGCAUGACCAAGCAGACUUUAUCUGCUUCCAAGUCGAUCGUCACAGUAAAUCUAAGAAGACCUUCUUCACUAACUUGGAGAUAUGUAAGUUGAACGAAUCAGAAAUUCCAGUUGAGAAGAUUGAGAUGAAGGACCGUGUAUUGGCUCUUGCAUUCGAACCAAAGGGUGAUAGAUUUGUUACAAUCUCUAAGAUGGAUAACGGUGGUAUUGACGAAAACCCAAUGUAUCCAAAGAACUUCAUCAAGUUCUUCGCUCCAGAAAAGAAGGACAAGGACAAGGAUCUCGAUGUUCUUCCAGAUACCCUCAAAUGGAAGUUGGUUAAAACCGUUGACCAACAAUACUCUAACUGUAUCUCUUGGUCUCCUGCCGGCCGUUUUGUUGCUGUUUGUGCAAUUGUUAACGGUAAGGACAUUAAGAAGGCUUCAUUAGACUUCUACGACUUUGACUACACCGGUGAAAAGACUUUGAACGAAGUCAAGGAUGUAAAGGCCUCGUUACAGGCGGUCGCUCAUAUCGACAACCAAUUCUUCACAGACUUGGAAUGGGAUACCUCUGGUAGAUUCUUGGCCGCUUGGUCCAGUUACGCUAAACACAAGUUGGAAAACGGUUACACUGUUUACAACUGUUGUGGUGAAGCUGUUCGUAAGGAAAUUGUUGACCAAUUCACAAACUUCGUAUGGAGACCAAGACCAGAAUCUUUACUAUCCAAUGCUGAUAAGAAGAAGGCAAGAAAGAACUUGAAGCAAUGGUCCGUUAAAUUCGAAGAGCAAGACGCCAUGGAAAGUGACAGUGCAUUGAGAGAUUUGAUCUUGAAACGUCGUGCAGAAUUGAGCCAAUGGGUUGCAUACAGAGAACAAUCAAAAGAAAGAUUGGAGUCCGAAGAUCACUACACUAUCUUUGACAACUUUGUCCAAGACAAGUCUGACGAAUCUCAAUAUGUCACUGUCGAAGAGGUCAAGGAAGAGAUCUUGGAAGAAACUCAGGAAGAAGUUGAAUCUUUCGAAUAA